AUGGCCUCUCCUUCGACAACCCUUCCGGGCCCGCCAACAUACAUCUACAAGAUCGUCCCCGCAUCCCCACCAUUGCCAUCACCCCUACCGGAAUCGCUCCCACUAUCCGACCUCGAUGCUCGCGAUGGCUACAUCCACGCCAGCACUUCCGCGCAAAUCCUCGGCACACUCAACGCCUACUUCUCUUCCGUUCCAUCAGUCAUCAUUCUUCGUAUCCCUUAUGAGAGAGUGAAAGAGAGAGUCAGAUGGGAGAUGGCCGUUGGAAAGCGGCCGGAAGAGAAAGGCGGCUGCUGGGAUACCGAAGGUAGAAUGGGUGGGUUUCCGCAUAUUUAUGAGACCAAGAGCGGAGAGUUGAGGUUGGGGAGGGAGGAGGUUGAGAGUGUAGGGACCUGGAAUAGAGGUGGGGAGCGGUGGGGACACCAGGGCUGGCCUUUUGGGGGGGAAGAUAUUCCAAAGGAAAAUUGA